UCUGGAUUGUUUGUGUGUAUUUUUCUUUCUAAAAAGUAGCAUCAUCUUCAUCUAUAUUAAUAUUUGUAUACAGUAUAUUACUGCAAUUUUACAUACGUGUUGAUCUGGAUGCUUCCUAUAUGAAGAGCUACACACACUGCAAACACUAAAGCAGAAAAACAAAUCCAUUGCAUUCUUUCUACAACAAAAGGGGGACUCCAAAUCCCCAAGCCCUAAACUUUGAUCACUCAAACCCUAGUCUCUCAUUGUUUUCUUCAAUCUGUAGUUAAUAAUUCGAAUAAAGAAGCAAUCCACGGGCGUUGUUCCUUGUGAUUUCAUAAUUUUGUUGAGUAAUUAGAAUUUGAAAAAUGGACAUUGAAGAAAGGCAGGCGGAGCACAUAGACUAUUUUGUGAAGAAGGCUUCCACUCUGAAGGGCCCGGCACUAGCAAACAUCGUCGUUGAGGCCACUUCGCACCCCUUCCUCUUUGCUUUCUCUGAGAUUCUCGCUGUUCCUAGUAUUCUCGAGCUUGAAGGAACUGAGAAUAGUGCCUCCCUUGAUUUGCUUCGCAUGUUUGCACAUGGUACUUGGAGUGAAUAUAAGAAUGUUGCUGACCGUCUUCCAAAAUUGCUUCCUGAUCAAAUUCUCAAGCUGAAGCAGCUGACUGUGCUUACUCUGGCUGAGACAAACAAGGUAUUGCCAUAUGAUACAUUGAUGCAAGAGUUGGAUGUUUCAAAUGUUCGUGAAUUGGAGGACUUUGUCAUCAAUGAUUGUAUGUAUGUGGGGAUAGUUAGAGGAAAGCUGGAUCAGUUGCGAAGAUGUUUUGAGGUGCAAUUUGCGGCUGGAAGGGAUAUCAGACCUGGACAAUUAGGCAGCAUGAUUGACAUUCUAGCAAAUUGGCUGACUACAUCAGACAACCUUCUUGUCUCAAUUCAAGAGAAGAUCAAAUGGGCAGACUCCAUGGGUGAGAUGGACAAGAAGCACAAGAAGGAGAUAGAUGAGAGGGUAGAAGAAGUGAAGAAGACACUAUCUUUGAAGGCAGACAUUGACUACCGAGGGCAUGAAGGGAACUUUUCUGAACUGGGAGGAGUAAUGGACUAUGACCAAGAUCGUAAUCGGCCAAAGAGGAGACGACAUCCCAUAGGUUGAGGAGAUAGAACCGAGGGAGACCCUAGGAUGAAUCGGUCGGGCAACUUGCCAUCUUGCAUUCAGGUCAUUGCAACAAAACAAGAUCGGUGCUCUUGAAGAUGUGGUGAUCCCCGUGCCAUUUUCAGCCAGUUCUAGACGCGACAGUUGACAGGAUCGCUUGUGUGAUGUGUCGCGCCGCAUUAUUAUUAUCUUUUUUGACUAAAUGAGGAUUGAGAACCACAUCUACUUUUGCAAUGCGGCUGGAUGAAUGUUAGUGAUGAUAUAUGCCAAUAACAUUUUACAGAACUUUUGCGCAUCAUCUCUCGUUGUGUGGAACAGGUGGUGUUCUAAACUUAUGUGUGGAUAUCUUUUAUUCAAUUAUUCAUUUCUUAUGGCGACCUUUUUUCUCUUGGAGAUUAUUGAUAAUUGUUUCAGCAAA